AUGGCGCGCAUCCGCCGCCUCCUCCCGUUUUCGCCCUCGGCGACGCCAUUGCAGGCGACAACGUACCUGCUCGGCAUCUCGCUCUUCAGCAUCUCCUUCCUCGUCUUCCUCAACUCGGCCGUGUCGUUCCUCAUCACCGACCUCGUCGACAUCAAGACCCGCGUCGGCGACAUUGUCGGCACCCUCGGCUUUGUCGAUGAGGUCGUCGCCCUCGUCGCCUGCCCCGCCUGGGGUCUCGUCUCGGACCGCCUCGGCGUCCGCUGGGUCGCCGUGUUGGGAUAUACCGUCAUUGGCCUCAGCCUCGUCUGCUUUGUUCAGGUGCCCCAGGGCUGGGCCGGCGUCCGCGCCCUCGUGGCUGUCCGGAUCCUGUUUGCCCUCGGCGCCACCGCUGCUGCCACCAUGGUCACGGCCAUUCUGCCAAACUUGACAGACGACGGAGGGCUGGAAGAAGAGGACACGGGCGAUGACGGUGCGCAGCAGCACAGAAGACGCGCCAGGAAGCCAAACCAGAGACACAGCGUGGCCAUGAGCUUUGAGAGCGAUGCCACGAUUACGCCGCAGAGCUACUCGAGAGGUCUCAGCGCAGACGGCUCGAGCAGUAGCAGUCGCAGGAGGGGUGCUGGAACCCACGAUGAAAACCAGUCGUCCACCAAUGAAGACGGCAGAGGACGCAAACCAUCGGCGCUGGCAGGAUUCGUGGGUCUCUUCACAGGAUGUGGCGCUUUGGUUGCGCUGGCCCUGUUUCUACCGCUGCCGACACGCUUUUCCAAGCGCGAGGGUGUUACGCCCGCCCAGGCCAUCACGUACAGCUUUUACGUCGUGGCGUUGGUGGCCCUAGGCGUAGCCCUUUUCGUCUUCAUCGGCCUGAAGGAUCUCAAGGGAGAGGAGGGCAAGGGCUGGCGCAUGUUGCUCGGCCUCAAGCGGAAGAGGGAGGCGGGUGCCAUUGCAAGCGACGACGAGACGUCACCGGCCGCUGCUGCCGGGCACCGACCUCUGGCGUAUCGCCAUCUCCUCAUGUCCUCGCUUCGCCUAGGCCUGACUGAUCCGCACAUUGCCGUCGGAUACCUAGGUGGCUUCGUGGCUCGCGCCAGCACCGUGGCCAUUAGCCUCUUUAUCCCACUCUACAUCAACACCUUCUUCAUCAGCAACGGCUUUUGCCAAGGCUCGCCCAACGACCCGUCGCCCGAGCUGAAAAAGGAGUGUCGAACGGCCUAUAUUCUUUCCUCUAUCCUGAGCGGCGUGGCACAAUUGAUUGCCCUCAUGUGCGCACCGCUGUUUGGAUACCUGAGCGCCAGAAAGUGGCGCGGUAUCAACUUGCCGAUCCUGAUUGCUACCCUCUGCGGUGUCGUGGGCUAUAUCGCCUUUCCCCGUCUGCCGAGCCCGGAAUACAGGGACAUUGACGGUCGAGGCGGAGGUGGUGUCGUCUUUCUAGUUGUCGCGCUGCUGGGCAUUAGCCAGAUUGGUGCUAUUGUCUGCAGUCUCGGCUCUCUAGGGCGAGGUGUCUUGAGCGCUGACCUGCCCGUCGCCGUCUCCCCAACGUCGUCGGGACGGGAUGGCGGCGAGGGCGAGGGCGAGGGCGAGGGCGAGGGCGAGGGCGAGAAUGCACCGCUGCUAGAGAAUGGCAACGGGCACGAAAUCACGCGGCAGGAAGAUGAGAAGCUUGUCUCGCGUGUUCAGCUCAAGGGCUCGGUGGCAGGCGUCUAUUCGUGGUGUGGCGGUGCCGCCAUCUUGUUGCUCACCAAGCUGGGAGGAUACCUUUUCGACGUUGCUAGCACUGGUGCACCUUUUUACAUGAUGGCUGCCUUUAAUGCGUUGCUUCUAGUUGCCGUGCUGGCGAUUGAUCUUGGGAAUGGGAUCAGGGGUACUAGGUCGUAG